UAUUCAGCUCUCAGCAGUUGCCUUGAGCAGUUCGCAAACUCCGCAAUAAACAAAACGACUCAGUAUUUUUGCUGGCCCCCCGGUAGGAUUACAUGUUUAGUUGUUUUGCAUCUGCCUGCCCACCUGCGUUCAGUCCGGUUUGCAGCCACGAUCUUCAUCAAGCCCACGCUCUGUUUGCUUUUCCUAACUCCGGUAGCGUGUGCGCUGUUUAAGCCGCUCCGUGCACGAUACUAGUGCAUAGCUGUGUUUUUUGUGUUGUGUUGUGUGUGUGUGUGUGUGUGUGUAGAGAAAUAUUCGGGUUAUUAUUCGAGAAAAAUAGUGCACAUCUGUACUCCAGUGAAAGCAUUUCUGUGCGUGUGUAGAAGUCAGUGAAAGGUCUUAUUUCUUGUGAUUUAAAGUGUGUUGGUGUUCCAGAUCACUGUAACGAUCGUCUCAAGUGAGAACUCAAGCAGAAGCUGUGUACACACCAAUCAAACCAAGUACCGAGAUCGCAGAAAUCAACAAAGCUUUCCCGGUGUCCUACAGGACCUGUAGCCGAGCGCCGAGGCCGCGACCUAACGGAAGAAGUUUGCAUUUGCUAUCACACAGAUACCAUCCAUCAUCAUGCCCGGACGUCCACUGUGGCAGGUUGCCGGCAAGCGUGAUCGCGAUCAGGAGCGUGAAGCGCAGCACUGGAUCGAGACGGUGAUUGGCGAAAAGUUUCCCGCCGGUUACGUCUACGAAGACUGUCUGCGGGACGGUAUUCUGCUCUGCCGGCUCAUGAAUCGCCUGUCGCCCGGCAUUGUGCCAAAGAUCAACACCACCGGCGGCGAUUACAAGAUGAUGGACAAUAUUAAUCAGUUCCAGAAGGCGUGCAUCAAGUACGGUGUGGCCGAUGUCGACCUCUUCCAGACGACCGAUCUGUGGGAUCGCAAAAACGUAGCCCUCGUCACGACGACCAUCUUUGCCGUUGGCCGAGCGUGCUACAAACAUCCGGAAUUCCGUGGACCGUACCUUGGACCGCGACCGGCCGAGGAAAACCGGCGCGAGUUUACCGAGGAGCAGCUGCGUGCGGGCGAGGGCCUGAUCGGGCUGCAGGCCGGAUCGAACAAGGGCGCUACCCAGGCGGGCCUUAACUUUGGCGCCACCAGGAAGAUUCUGCUCGGCAAGUAGCGGGCAUCGAAGACGUCGACGCCCCACGGCGGCGGGGCGGGUGGAUAUGCCAGAAGGAAGAAAAUGGAAGAGAAAAGCGAAAUUACAAAUUAAAACAACAACAAGAAAGAAGAAACCCCUAACUAACUCUUCAGGACGCGUAUACUAACCGUUUGCUAUAAUAAUCGUAUCUAUUCUCCGGUCAGCUCAGUUAUUGAGGAUUACCAACAUAAAAAAAACUACUAAAAAAUUAAAUUGAAAACAACCAAGCGCAGAGUUUCCCGGUGGUAUAUGUGUAGAACACAACAAAGAAACUUAAGCACUUAAAUUAUUAAUCCUAUUUAUUAAACACCGAAACACUAAUAUGAAAUGCUUGCAAUUUUGAGGUUAUUUUUGGAAACAAAAUUUUUGCUUUGGAAUAGAUAAAAGCGAGGAAUGGAUGAGCUCGAUCGAAAGCAUUCACAUACAAAUUGCACAACACAGUUUUUGUUUUAAAAGCCCCCACACACAGUAACUACUAACCUGAGCCUUCAGAAGGUUAAUUUGAGGAGGAGCCUUUUGAGGUUAACUUGUUUUCCUUUUUAUAUUAUUUAUUAGCACUCAACGAUUUUAAACGAUAUUUAAAAGUAUUAUUAAAAGGGAGCAGGUAUAAGCAUCCCUUAACUCCGGUCAGGUUUUUGUUUGUUUCGUUCUCAUAUUUCUUACGCGCUCUAGCCAGCCUCCAUGGCGACUUCUCGGUACACUCGGUAUCUCCUCAUGGUCGGUUUAUAAUUGUUUGUUUGUUUCUUACAAAAAAUAAAGUACAAUAUUGCCUUUCUAUAA